UCAGGUCUGAGACACGAACCUGGACCAGGACCAGGACCAGGGACCAGGACCAGCACCCAAAACCCAGAAUCCAGGACCAGAAACCAGAUCCAGGACCAGAUCCAGGACCAGGACCCAGAACCGUCUCCGCACUUCUGUUUCCGAGAAACGGCUUCACCUUGUUGGCUGUUUCCUCCGGGAGGAGGGAGGGAGGAAGAGGAGGAGGGGAGGAGGAGAGGAAGAGGAGGAGGAGGAAGAGGAGUAAAGUUUGUCCAAGUUUGCACAUCCCUUCGGAAACGCCAUUUUGAUUCCUCUCCUCUCCGGUUGCAAGAGUUUUGCAGCCUCUCUCUCUCUCUCUCUUUCUUUCUCUCUCUCUCCCCCUUCUCUUUUUCCUCCCCCCACCUCCCCUUCAUCAUCCCCCCUUCAUCCUCCCGGCCGCCCAUCAUCAUCAUCAUCAUCAUCCUCCUUCAUCCUCCUCCUCCUCGCCACGAUGUCUCGGCGCAAGCAGCCCAACCCCAACAAAGUCGAGCUGUGAUCAUUGGUCGCAGACUCGUGCCCGUCAAACCCGCCCCCUCCCGCCCCCGAGACUCGAGCGAGCGUUGCUUUACGAAAGAACGCUGCCAUGGAAACUCCCCCGAGGAGCCGCAGCAGGAGGGCGGAGCCAAGGCCCAGAUCAAACAGGAAGAGGAGGAGCCUAAGGAGGAGAGAACGCCCCUCCUCUCGGGAGCCGUCAAUGGCGACUCGGAGGGAGAGAAGGACGGAGGAGAGGAGGCGGAGAACGGAGACGCCGGCGGAGGCGUCGCCGCGGAAACCGCGGGAGGAGAAGACCUGUCCUCCAUCAACGCCAUGAUGUCAGCAGUGAUGUCAGCAGCAGGGACCAUCAAUGGAGAGGGAGGGGGCGGAGCCACGUCGGCCAGCUCCUCCACUGGCCCCUCCCCCAGCCCGUCGCCCAGUAAAUCCCUGACGGCCGCCAUGAGAGCUCCGCCCAGCCGCAACGCAAGACGCAACCAGGACUCCAAGGACGACGGCUCGUCCUUCAUCUGUCCGCUGUGCGACCGGAACUGCGGGACGCAGCACCAGCUGACCAUGCACAUCCGGCAGCACAACGCCGACGCCGGUGCCACCGACCACAGCUGCAGCAUCUGCGGGAAGUGUCUGAGCUCGGCCUCGUCGCUGGACCGACACAUGCUGGUGCACAGCGGGGAGAGACCGUACCGCUGCAGCGUGUGUGGGCAGACGUUUACCACCAACGGAAACAUGCACAGACACAUGAAGAUCCAUGAGAAGGACCCGGCGGCCGGCCUGCUGCCCUCCAGCCCCCCCUCCCCCACCAAGCGCCGCCGUCCGUCCGUCAAGAGGAGGCAGGGACUGGAGGAGGAGCCGGGGGAGGAGCCGCCCAGCAAGAAGGCGGCGGACGACCCGGCGCUGGACGAGGCGGCGGCGCUGGGCUCGGAGGAGGAGCUGCUGCAGUGUCCCAUCUGCUUCAAGACCUGCAGCUCCAGACUGGACCUGGACGCUCACAUGGACUCACACCCGGACACCGCCCUCAGGUGUGAUCUCUGCUGCCUCUCGUUCCGGACGCACCGCGGCCUGCUGCGCCACAACGCCGGCGUCCAUAAGCUGCUCCCCCAGGACCCCAGCGGCCACCCCUUCAUCCAGAACAACCCCUCCAUCCCCACCGGCUUCAACGACCUGGCCUUCAUCGACUUCUCCUGCAAGAAGUUCGCCCACAUCGCGCAGGUCUGGUGCGAGACCAACCUCCGGCGCUGCAUCAGUAAGUUCCACCGCUUCGUCUGCGACUGCUGCGACAAGGCCUUCCCCCUCCGCUCGGCGCUGGACCUGCAUAAGAGCAUCUCCCACCUGGACGCCGCCCUGGGCGACGCCGCCCCGGACGACGCCCCAGAGAGGCCGGGGCCGGCUGGAGACGGAGCCACCAAGACCCAGACGGAGCCGUCGGACCAGGCGGGUUUCCUGGAGGCUCUGGGCCUGCAGCACGUCUCCCAGGUCCGGUCCGGUCCCACCAGCGACCAGAUCCACCAGGCCCACCUGGACAGCAUCAAGGUGAUCCACGUGGAGCCGCCGUCCUCCAGCCUGCCGCAGGAGCCGGCCUCGGCCUUCCUGUCGGGGGGGGUGGGGCUGACCCUGGGCCUGGGCGGCCUGGGCGGCCUGGGGGGCCUGGGCGGCCUGGGGGCCCUGGGGGGCCUCGGGGGCCUGGCCGCCCUCAGCAUCCCCCUGCUGGAGGCCUCGGGCCUGCAGGGCCUGUCCCAGCGCGACGCCCUGGGCCUGCUGUCCCUGCAGCCCUUCCAGACCGGCUUCCUGCUGCAGCCCGACGGGGGCGGAGCCGCCGCCAGCGCCGCCCAGUCGGGCGUGAAGCCCGGCGAGGCGGGCGGGGCCGGCGUCAUGGAGCUCGCCGACAUCCAGCAGAUCCUGAAGGUGGCGGCGGCAGCGCCCAACCAGAUGGGGCUCCCGCCGCUCGCCAAAGCGCCGGGCUUCUCCGGGAGUCACGGUCCAGUCCAGAACCAGAAGUCGAUGCCGCCGCUGAAGCCCAAGCCUCCCAUCAGCCCGUGCUCCAGCCUGACGGCCACCACGCCCCCCCCCCUGCAGAGCUCCCAGCAGGCCUCUCUGGGCUGCAUCAGCCCCAGCCUGCCCCCCCCCACCGCCGGCCUGUUCAAGACCCCCUCCUCCUCGGCCUCGGGCCUGCUGGACGACGACGCGCCGCUGUCGGACUCGCCGCCCGCCGCCACCACGGCGGUCCACGAGGAGGCGGGGCUGGGCGGCAGGAAGGGGGGGGGCAAGGCGGCGAGCAACGGCGGCUCGGCCAAAGGCUCGUUCCCCUGCCGCUUCUGCGACCAGGUGUUCGCCUUCUCCGGCGUGCUGCAGGCGCACAUGCGCUUCCACCUGGGCAUCCUGCCGCACCAGUGCAACAUCUGCGACUACGUGGCGCCGGACAAGGCCACGCUGAUCCGCCACCUGCGCACGCACAGCGGCGAGCGGCCGUACGUCUGCCGCGUCUGCCACUACCCCUUCACCGUCAAGGCCAACUGUGAGCGCCACCUGCGCAAGAAGCACGCCAAGACGUCGCGCAAGGACAUCGAGAAGAACAUCAAGUACGUGACGUCCAGCACGGCGGCCGCCCCGGGGGCGCACAUCACCGCCUCCACGCCGACGCCGGACUCCGACCCGGGCGGCGCCGGCACCCCGGGGUGCCCCACCGGCACCGAGACCACCUGCCGCUUCUGCGGCGAGGACCUGCGGACGUACCGCGCGCUGCAGAUCCACCUGCGCACCCACAACGGCUGCCAGAGGAAGCCCUUCGAGUGCCGGCGCUGCGGCGCCGCCUUCCUCGCUAAACGCAACUGCAUCCACCACCUGCUGAAGCAGCACCCCGAGGUGCAGGAGCGCGAGAUCGAGGAGCACAUCGCCACGCUGGCGGCGCGGGGCCCCGUCCCCAACGGCCUGGCCCCGCCCCCGGUGAAGCUGGAGGCCGCCUACCCGGCGGAGCUGGACCAGCCGCUGGACUUCUCGGCCCGGAGCCGCGGCGUGAAGCUGGAGAGCGUGUCGCCGAGCUUCGACGGCGCGGCGCUGGACCAGCCCAUCGACCUGUCCAUCCCCAGCAAGCGCCAGCGCCGCCAGAGCACCGGCGACGCCCGCGACGCCCGCCCGGUGAAGCUGGAGCAGAGCACUGCCGCCACGGAGCCGCCACCACCGCCGGAGAGGCCCGCCGCCCCCGCCGCGCCGGCGCUGCCCCCCCAGCUGGGCUGCUACCAGCUCCCCCCCACACCGAGGGCCCCGCGCCUCAAGCCGCUGCUGCCCAAGCCGGCCGCCGCUGCCGCGGCUACGUCCUCGCCACCCGCCGCCCUCAAGGAGCUGCCGCCGCUGGCCUCCAUCGCCCAGAUCAUCAGCUCCGUGUCGGCGGCUCCAGACCUGCUGAAGAGGGAGCUGGAGACCAAGCCCCCCCCGGGGGGGCCCGCCCCGGCAGGGCCCGCCCCGGCCGCCCAGGCGGGGGCUGCCAAGGCCGACCCGGCCCCCGACACCGCCCCUGCCAAGCCGGCCGGGCCCCCGGCCGUCAAAGAGCAGAGCGAGGAGGUGCCCGACGCCCCCUACAGGAGGAGGUCCAGGAAGAAGGCCAAGGCGGCGUCCAGCAGCCUGGACCUGGAGUCCAGCGGGGAGUUCGCCAGCGUGGAGAAGAUGCUGGCCACCACCGACGCUAACAAGUUCAGCACCUACCUGCAGACGGGGGCGGAGCUGGGGCGGAGAGAUGCCAGCAGAGAAGGGGAGGAGAAGGAGGGCGGAGCCAAGGAGGAGGGCAAGCCCUCGGGGGCGGGGCCUCCGGCCAAGGGAAAGAAGAACGCCUACUCCAACUCUGUCCAGAAGAUGACCUGCCCCUACUGCCCCCGCGUGUUUCCCUGGGCCAGUUCCCUGCAGAGACACAUGCUAACGCACACAGGUCAGAAGCCGUUCCCGUGUCCGCGCUGCGACGCCUUCUUCUCCACCAAGUCCAACUGCGAGCGCCACCUGCUGCGCAAACACGGCGAGACUCACCGGACGCUGCGGCGCAACGGCGCCAUCCCCAGGAAGGAGGGCGACGAGGGCUCGCCCGACAGCGCCGAGAGCCAGUCGGAGACGGAGCAGGCGGCGCCGCCAGAAACGAAAAGCCUCACCAGCGCCGACGCCUCAGACCCAGGCCCCGCCCCCAGCUCAGAUAGCCCCGCCCCCGGUGAAAUCACAGCGCUGAGCCCCGCCCACAAAGCCAGCCCAGGUUCCGGUCCAGACCCAGACGAGGAGGCGGAGCCUACCGAGGACCUCGCCCAGCAGGGGGCGGAGCCAACAGAAGAGCUGGGGAAGCCACGCCCACAGAGCAGCAAGGGCGACAGCACCGACGAGGACGAGGACUGCCUCAGCAACAAGAGUCUGGACCUGAACUUCGGGAAGAAGCUCAUCGACUUCAAGCUGACCACGUCGUCCUCAGGCUCCGCCCCCCAGGAGGAGAAGGCUGCCUCCCCCAGCCCUUCGACCCCACCCCCCAGCUCCUCCCCCCCCGACGUGACGGAGGAGGAGAAGGAGCGAGGCUCCUCCCCCUCCAGCCCAAGCCCCGCCCCCAAGCACGCCUGCCGCGUGUGCGCUAAGAGCUUCCGCUACGCUGCAACGCUAGCUCGCCACGAGAGGGCGCACCUCUCCGAGGAGGCCCUGGCGGAGGAGGCCCCCCCACCGGGGGGGGAGGAGGAGGAGGAGGAGGACGAGGAGGAGGAGGAGGAGGAGGAGGAGCUGGCCCUGGAGGAGGGAGGAGCCAAGGGCAGCGAGGCGGGGGGCAGCAGCGAAUCAGAGGAGAGGAGCGACGGGGAGGCGGAGCCAAAGAGUACAGAGGGAGGAGAGACGGCGGGACGGGUCGACAAGAGGAAGAAGAUCUGCAACGUCUGUGAGAAGAGGUUCUGGUCCCUGCAGGACCUGACCCGGCACAUGAGGUCGCACACAGGGGAGCGGCCCUACCAGUGCCAGACCUGCGAGAGGACCUUCACCCUGAAGCACAGCCUGGUCCGGCACCAGCGGAUUCACCUGAAGCUGCGCGGCGCCGACGGCUCGUCCGUCGCCCCCGACGACGAGGACGGCGAUAGCCCCACCCCCACCUCCACCUGCCCCCCCUCGGAGAACGAGAGUGAGUGCGGCAGCAGCGCCGCCGCCGACGAGGAGGGUGCGCGGGACGAUGGCGCCGCCGGGCCUUCCGAGUCGGACCCGCCCACCGCUGCUGAGGGGGCGGGGCUUACGGAGGCACCUGAGACUCACCUGCAACCCACCGACUCAAGUCAAGCUACUGAAUCAAAGACAGACCCCGACCCACCGUCGACGCCCAAAGAACCCGCCCCUUCCUCCCAGGACCCCGCACCCUCCCAAGACCCCGCUCCCUCUUCCCAAGGCCCCACCACCUCCUCCCAGGACCCCGCUCCCUCCUCCCAGGACCCCGCCCCCUCCUCCCAGGACCCCGCCCCCUCUUCCCAGGACCCCGCCCCCACCGAGGAUCCUGCCCCAGAAGACGCCUCGGCCGCCACCCCCCCCGCACAAGGCUUCCUCCAGGGUCGGCUGGAAGUCCUGGCCAACGGGAAGCCCCCCCUGGUGGGGGUGGACUGAGGCCCCGCCCCUUCCCCCCCACACCGCCGUGCCAUUCGCCCUGGAAGACGUCUGCCGGAGACCUUGUUUUCUUGAAGUGCCUUAACUACUAGUCCUACUGAUGUUUUUUGCUAAAUCUUUAUCUGCAUCUUACGGAGGAUCCAUCUGAUUUUUAUAGCUUUUUAUGACGAUGAUUUACUUUUUUUUUGUGCGGGGAAAUCUAUUUCAGCAAUAAAAAGAAUAUAUACGAUCACGAUUUAUUAUUGUUUCUAGAUUUUGUUUUGAGAACUGACGAUCAAACUCGGGGGCGACGCCCCGUGGACGGAACCGUGACGUUACCUGGACCCGGAAAUUCUGUUUUUGGACCCGACUGGGUUAGCGCCGGGACCGAUUAGCGCCGGGACUGGUUAGCGCCGGCCGCGAUCGGGACCCGGACAAUAUCCCGGAGGAGCCUCGGACCUGAAGGGAAGCCAAAACCUGGACCCUGCUGUCUGGUCCCCCCUCCGGUAGCUCCGCCCCCGGCAGCCCAGGCUCCGCCUCCGCUAGCUCAAACAUCCAUGCGGUGUCUUUUUGCACAGACGCGACGGCGGAGGCGGCGGCCAUCCAGAUCAGUAUCACCAGCAAACGGACGGCUAGCGCCGGGGCCUGCCGGGGGCCGGUAAGCACCGGGUACCGGUUAGCGGCCGGUACCGGUUAGCGCCGGCGGCUCGUGGGGUUUUGUAACUGGAAAACGUCGUCUUUGACGCCUCCGCCGCCCCGGAAAACAUCCACGAACUUGUCAAAGUCGCACUUCUGGAUGGAACCGGACUCUGGAGGGCGGAGCUUGUUCUCCUGGUCUCUCUGGGGGGUUCGGCCCGGUUCGGUCCGUCACCCCCCCACAGGAGACGCCUGUGUGUUCUGAUUAUUAUCCUUCAGUUGAUUCCAUGUGUACAAAGGUUUGGCUGUGAUGACGGAGUCUUUGUUUCUCUGCAUGUGUGCGAUUAUCGGGGUAUUUAGGUGUUUGUGGGACGGGGGGUGUUUGUUUUUCUAAUUUUUAAGUAACUGAACAAAUCAAUAUUUUUGUUGCGAGUGUGACUCUUUGGCCGUCUCUCGUCGUCGCCCUCUAGUGUUCCUGUGGGCCUCCAGUGCUAACAUACGCUAACAGCUACCUCCGCUUCCUUCCUGCGGCCCUCAGACGGGCAGCUCCACCGGAAAAUCCUACGUCUUCCUUACCGCGGCUAGCGGGGCUAACGGGGCUAACAGCUCCCAUCUGAGCUGGUCAGGGCUAAGUCGUCAACUUCCUACGCUAACUUGUUAGCUUCCAACGGUAACUCAUUAGCUUCCUAUGAUAACUCAUUAGCAUUAGGAAGCUAACUCAUUAGCUACCUAUGGUAACUCAUUAGCAUUAGGAAGCUAACUCAUUAGCGUUAAGAAGUGACCAGACCAAACAAGCUAGCUUGAGCUACAAGUGUUCAUCUCUCUAAGAUUAGCGGUUUGUUGUCAUCUUAUAAAAUAAAAAUGCUAUGGGCUAUGUUGUUGCCUAGCAACCAAGGCUAAGCCGUAACUAGCUUAGUCAUGAGAUAACACUGGUAAGUUGUACUUACUCCAUUGUUAAGGUAGAAAACAACCUAGCUGAGCUACAAGUGUUCAUCUCUGCUAACGUCUGUUAGCUCCAACCAGUUCUACUCUUUGGUUUGUUGUCGCAUGUUUAAAUUAAAAUAAUAACGGCUAAAUUGUCUCCUUACCACCAGGGCUAAGCUAGCUUAGCCUUACCUACGCACAGGCUAGACGAGGAGUCUUAGAUGAGUCAAGAGUUGUAGUUAUUAGCCCGUGCUAACUGUUAUUAGCUUAGCUACAUACAAGUUGUUGCUAAGCUAACGCUUAGCCUUCACUAGUUCAGACAGGUGAUUCAAACUGGUUAGCUGUGCUAGGUCAGUUAGCCCUGGACAGCUCUGAUCAUUAGCCUCUGGUCUGCUGCUUGUGCUAGCUAGGAGCAGACUAGCUAAAAUAGGCUAGAUAAAAGCACAUGUAGCUAACGGUGUGGCCGGCGUCUCCUUCAGUAUUAUCUGCAUCCUGAGUUGGACCUGAAGUCUCCUCGUAGCGCUCGUACGCGUUUAGCUUCGUCUUGUUUGUGGAAGUUUCUGAUAAAAUCGUAAAAGUCCCGUUUUUAGGUUCUACUUUAUAAAAACUUGUGAGCGGAACAGUCGAACUGAAGCUCUGCAGGUUGCGACUUUAGCAUUAGCGACAAUCAUUAGGAAGUUUUCUAAUAGAAGAUUUUGGACAACAGACGCUAACGGCGUCUCGUUAGCGUCUUCGGAGAAACGGACGAAUGCAACGAUGUGUUCGAGAACUGUUCUCGUCCUGCUGCGUACGUUAAACCACGAGUGAAAGGGCUAGCGCUACCCGGACGAAUCAGCAGGAUCGGGUUUAGGAGCGCGUGUGUGUGUGGGUGUGUGUGUGUGCGUGUGUGUGUGUGUGUGUGUGUGUGUCUGAGUGAGACCGCGACCAGAGAGUUUCUUCUCUUAUGUGAACAUGAAUUUAGCUCUUUUUUUUUUUUUGUCGACCUCACAAGCAAACGCGACCUCAGUGGCUCGUAGCGGAACUGUUAUUUAUCGGGUUAAAAAUAUGAAAUAUUUAAUAAUAACUGCUCUGACGACGUUGGCCUGAUUUGGCACCAACGUCCAAACCUACAACUACGAUGCGAUCGAGAGAAAGAGUUGGGUUCCUUUAGUUUGAGGGGGCGGAGUCUGGCCUGCCACGCCUCUCUUCGGUAGGCUGUGCCUUAUUUCGUGUCUGCCCUACGAGUUUCCCCCGAUGUGAAGACGGCUGGAGGUUACUGUGAUGUCGCUGCUCCCGAGAAACUAAAGAGCUCUAUAAACUCUUUCCAAAAAUGUUCAGUUUAGCCGCCCAGAAAGGAAACUGUUUUAUAACACAACUCCUUAAAAUUAGCGUUCAUUCACAUCAUUCCAUUUUCAAUCAUUUAGGAUAUUUAACUUCUGAACAAGUCCAAAUUUGUUGAUAAUGAGCAUUAGCCCCAGCGAGGCUACUAAAAGCUUUAAAGAGGGCAAAAAAACAACAACUUUCUCCCCUGUAGACUGGCGUCGACGCAACGCAGAACCGGAAACUAUGUUUUACUGUUGCAGCAGAAUGAACAUCUGUGGAAUAAAACAACAAACCAAAUAUGGGAAAGUUCCAGAAUAUUGGUUAGCUUGGAGGCUAGCGUCUAACUAGCCAUUGGCUGCAUUUUGUCGCUAUAGCACAUAAGCUACUAAACCACCUUGAGGAUGUUUAUAGGCAUUUUUUAAGAAGUUAAAUGAGCACAAAACGUUUUCUACCUUUUAUAAUCUCAGUCGUGUGAGUUUCCCAAACAGAAAAACCUAUUUUUGUGGAGAAAUCACUUGGAAACUUGGAAAAAAUGAGCUAAUGGUCUCCGAGGUCACCAGCUAGUUUUCAACCACCGUUUGUCAGUUAAACAAAAAUGGUCUUGAUGGUAUUUACAGAAAUGAUGAGAAAAUGGUUUAUUUUGCUAAUCCUGCGCUAACACUGGUGCUAACGCUGCUAAUGGCAGUUUCUGACAGUUUUUCACCUCGUUAGCUCUCUUGUGCGCCGUCUCUCUCGGAAAUGCGUGUUGUUGUCAGUCUGUGUGAAAACUGGACUUCCAUUCGAAUGCACAUGGACUGUUUUUAAAUGUAUUUAUUUGGAGGCCAGGUGUGUGUGUGUGUGUGUGUGUGUGUGCGCGUGUGCAUGAGUGUGUCUAUGUUGACUUGAGAAGAAGCCAUGUAUUAAAACUAUCACAUUUAUGCUGCAGAACUGUUGAGGAGCUGAUAGCCGCCACGCGGCCUAGCUGGCUCGCCACGCAGCGGCCUAGUUUGCUCGCCACGCGGCGGCCUAGCUAGCUCGCUACGUGGCGGCUCGCUGACCGACGACUCGGAUUAGCAAUAAGAUUCCCUCUGAAUCCAAAAGCUUUACGUAGAACUCCUGUUUAUGAGCUAAGAACGGACUCUUGAGACUCUUGGUUCUGUUUGUAUUUAGUUUGGUUGAAAAAUGUCUUUUUGUUGUUUUGGUUUUUUUCCUUUAUGACAUAUAAAUGCGUAUAAAACUGUGAAAUCCAUGUGUUCAGUUAAAGGGUGAGUUUAGGUUAGUUUUUUUUUUUUUGCAUGUUGCUUCUAAUUUUUUUCAGUUAUGGAUGAUUUUCUUUCUUCAUCACUUCUGUGCGACACACAUAUGAUAUAAAUAUAAGAAUAUAUAUAUAAUCUCGCUCUCAGGGUCUUUCACAAAUCCAUUAUUCAAAAUGCUUCAUGUUCUCAUUUCCUGAGUUGCAACUUGUUCUGAUUAUUUUGUCUCUUUUAAAAAAAAAAAAAUAAUGAUCCAGAACUGUAAAUCACUACAUUUAGCACUUGACUGUGAACUUGUCAUCACCUAACGGGCGACGCUCCCGUCGGGCGGCGCUAAGGCGACGCCGUCACGCAGCAUUAACAUGUUUGGAAUGAGUUUCCUCUGCUCCCCUGCUGUUAGAAAUCAUGACAGUGUUUCACCAAGUCAAGAGAUGUAAACCUCCUCUGUACUCAAACCAAUAGAAAAAGCAAUAAAGACUAUAUCAAGGAAGGGUGUGUAAAUCA